UUGUUUUGACGACCAACUGACGAUGUGAAAUCCAAGCAGAUUACAGAUAGGAACUUAACAGGUUUGGUUAAAAAUGCCUCAGAAUUGCGCUGCUUUAGAUUGCGCCAAAUUCCAUUACAAAUUCCGCCGGAGUUUCCACAAGUUCCCCAAGGACGAGGAAUUGCGCCAGAAAUGGCUCCAAGCUAUGCGUCGCCCUGAUUUGGAGGUGACCAAAUAUACCAAUAUUUGUCACGUUCACUUCCAUUUGAAGGACCUAUAUUUAAACACGGAUCGAAUCCAAUUACACGCCAAAGCCGUUCCAGCUCGAUUUCAUUUCCCGGAAACUGGAUGGAUCCUCACUUGGGACCGGGACAGACAGUGUCCCAUCUCUGAGGAAAAAUUCCAGAGUCUCAAGGGCUCCACCGAGCCUCCAGAUCCGGCUUUAGCUGGCUUGCCCGGUCUUGAGCACUUGUUGCCCGAACCAGAUUUACCUAAGAAACUUCAAUUUACCGGCCCCAUGCCGCCGUUGGCCGAAGACGUAAAGACCUCCAGCAAGAAAUCUCUCAGCAAAAAGAGCAAGUCGAAAGAGAGCUCUAAUCUCACUCGAACCUCUAAUCGACCGGCCCGCAAAAGAGCUAAGCCGCAGAGAUUUGAAGACCAGGUCUUGGAUAGCGAUGAGAUGGAGGAGGCGUCUUCGGAGGAGGAUUAUCGUUCGGCACCUAAACUUGAAAUCAACCCGGAAAGUGGUGACGAAGAUCUUUUCAACGAAUAUGUUUCCAUCGCUGAGGAAGAGGAGGAAGAUCACGACGAACAGGACGAAUUGGAGGAAAAUGAAAUGAUAGGACGCAAAAGGCCUCGUCGAAAACUGGGGCGAAAGAAGUUGCAUCAUCUUGAUGAUGUCUCAUUUGGAAAGGAUUUGGGAGAUGAUCCUGUGACUGCAGAAGUGAUGAUUCAUGACGCGGGAGCCAAAGAAGUAGAAUCGCGAUUGAUUGAGCCUGUUCUAAUGCCGUAUCAGUGGGAGUGGAAAUCAGUGUUCGAAAAUGAAAAGUACAUAAUCCAUAAAGGUUUGCCCUUGAAGUGAUCGGUGUUGAAUACAACGGGGUCCGAUCAUGGUUGAUUUUGCGUUUCAUUACCCAAAAAGGUGGAUGCAUAUUUUGGGGGAAUGGUCAAAUACAUGCUGUAGGGUUUCAGAGUGA